UUGCACAGCAGAGGUUGAAUGUUAACCCAGCACCACGAGAGUCUUUUUUUCUAAUGUCAGUGUUGAAAAUGUUCAAUUCAACGGGUUUCACUGAAUGCUUGCGUGAAUGGGAGGAUUUAGAGAAGAACCACCAACAAAUGCAGGACACCCAUCGUUCAUACAAACAGAAACUUGAGGAAGUGGCGAAACUGCAAGACAGCUGCUCCGGUGCCAUAGCUCGUCAGAGGAAGAAACUGAAAGAGCUCACUGCGUCACUAGAAGAAUGCAAAGAAAAUCAUCCAACCCCCAAAUUAAAUCCAGAGGACGUGGAUGCCAUCGCUGAAAUAGAGGACUCCAUCAAAGAGAGAACGGAUGCUUUCUCUGAGAUGGAAGCUUUUCUGCCAAAGAAGAACGGGUUAUACCUCACUCUUGUUUUAGGAAACGUCAACGUAACACUCCUCGACAAACAGUCAAAAUUUGCCUACAAAGACGAAUACGAGAAAUUCAAACUGGCCCUCACGGUCAUCCUCUUUGUGUUCUCCUUCACAUGCCGCUUUUUGUUCAGCUACAGAGCCCUAGAUGCCCUGUUCAACUUCCUGUUGGUGUGGUACUACUGCACACUCACCAUCCGGGAGAGUGUCCUCAUCAGCAACGGCUCACGGAUCAAAGGUUGGUGGGUUUUCCAUCACUAUGUGUCAACCUUCCAGUCAGGAGUCAUGCUCACUUGGCCUGAAGGUGCUCUCUACCAGAUGUUUAGGAAUCAGUUCCUAACAAACUGUCUAUACCAAAGCUUUGUCCAGUUUCUCCAGUACUACUACCAGAGUGGCUGUUUGUACAGACUCCGAGCUCUGGGAGAAAAACACAACAUGGAUGUUACAGUCGAGGGUUUCCAGUCCUGGAUGUGGAGAGGACUGACCUUCCUGCUUCCUUUCUUGUUCUUUGGUCAUUUCUGGCAGCUCUACAACAGCAUAACACUGUUCAGGAUGUUUCAGCUCCCGGAGUGUAAAGAGUGGCAGGUUGUGAUGUGCUGCUGCUCUUACGUGGUGCUCUUCAUGGGAAACUUCUUCACCACACUGGGAGUGGUUUACCAGAAGUACAUGAACAACCAGGACAAGUCCAAGAUCUUAUAAGGAAGAGAAUAACCCAAAAACCCUCCUGUUUGUGUUACCAUUAGCUCUAAUAUUCUCCUCAGAGCUCUUUAUCGAUGGCAUGAUUGUUGUCCUUGUGGACCAUUCACAUGUACUGCUACUUUUAGCAAUAUCCUUUUUAAUUCAUUUUUAAAGUGCAAUAUGUUUUACGGGUAGGUCAUAGACAUUAUCCCAUUGACCUGUCAAUAAAAUACACCGUAAGGAUGUUUCAGCAGGAUUUUCUGUCUUAGAAUUGUACAACUCGGAUUCGGAAAUGUUACUGAAUAUGGAAAUAGCUAAGCUAUUUGCAUCAUGGUCGUUUGGGGAAAUCUAUAGUUUGUUUCUCAGCAACUGCACUGUAUUUUAGUCUUACAAAAAGUGCCAAUAAAACACUCCAAGCCCCCAUGUGUUUUUGUUUUUAUUGCCACUCUUUAAGGUUACGAGAUCUCCUAAUCUACAUCUGUACCUAUAAUGUGUCUUUAGUAUAGCCUCAUCCUAACUCAC